AUGCAUUUGACUGGAUUGAGGUGGAGGUUAAAAGCAUCAAGGAUGCCAAAGCAUUUACAGCUUAUCUCAGAUCAAAUCGGCAACAAUACAUUUCGUUUUAAUGAGGUUGAGAAAUACCUGGAGGUGUUUGAACUCCUUUAUGCUCUUGUGAGUGCACUAGAAGAGCAAGCACAUAGGUUGAAGGGGCUGAAGCUUACCAGUUUCACUGAUGAUGCACCUACAAUUCGUGAAUGGCUAGACAGAUCGGUUACAUACCCAGAACUCGAACAAGCGCUUAAGGAAUUCGUCUUAAUGCGGCAGCAUCAAACAGUAUUAAGUGAUGCUAUUCUAAUCGAGCGGGCCAAAACACUAGCGAACGGACUGGGAAUUCCUGAAGGUGCAUUAAACUUUUCUGUUGGGUGGCUCCAAAAAUUCAAAAUUCGAAACAGCAUUCAUCAAAUAAAGCUUCAAGGGGAAGGAGCAUCAGUUAAUUUGAGUAUUGUUGCCGAGGCCCUGCCACAGUUGCAUGAAAUAUGCAUUAAUUAUCCUCCCGAACGUAUUUAUAACAUGGACGAGACUGGCCUUUUCUAUCGGUAA